UAUCUCGAAAAAGCGCUGGUCAUCACAACUGAAAUUGGCGACAGAAAAGGAGAAGCAGACGACUACGGAAAGCUAGGUGCUACGUUUCAGUCAUUGGGGAAAUACGACAAGGCUAAAGAGUACUACGGAAGAGCACUCGUUAUUAGAACUCAAAUUGGUGAUCAGGAGGGAGAAGCAGAAGAUCUUGAAAACCAUGGAACUUUGUCUAGAAUUAUCGGAGAUUAUGAAGCUUCGGAGGUAUACUUGGAGAGAGCAUUAUAUAUAUCUAGAGAUAUUGGAGAUAGAAAGAAAGAGUUCGAGAUCCUUUUACAGUUCGCCGUUUUGUUUAUAUUUCAUAAAAAAAGUAAAGAUUCCCUUUCGUAUCUUCAUCUAUGCAUUGAAAAGUACGAAGAGUUGAGAUCUUUCUUGGGCCUCAAUGAUGAGUUCAAAACAUCAUUUCUUGAAAACUCAGGAAUAUUUCCCUACAAGCUUCUGAGUAGUUUGCUUUGCUUCACCGGAAAUUUUCGUGAUGCUCUUUAUGUUGAGGAAUUAAGUCGAGCCAGAGGGCUGUCAGAAUUGAUGGCAGAGAAGUACUCGGUUGAAACGCACAUUUCUGCUGAUCCACAAACUUGGUUUGGCAUUGAAAACAUUUUGAGAAAGGAAAAUAAUUGUACUUGCCUAUAUAUUUAUUUUUUUCAAAAUGACGUGCGUUUGUGGAUCUUGAAAACAAGUGGAGCCAUUCAUUUUAAACUAAGUACACUAAGAGAGAGUCUCGCUCAGGCUGGGUUGCCCAAAGAUUUGCAUUUGAGUAAAGUUUUGGCUGAUAUUUUCCGAAGUCUUGGUAUUUUGUCCAUUGAAGAUUGUGAAGAUCGGUCUUUAAAUAUGGUUGAAAUGCAAUCUCUUUCCCCCGAGAAAAAGAACCCCGCAAGAUUGCGACUCUUGGAGGAGGAAGAGAAAGUCAUUUCAAAUCUAUCUUUCUGUUACAAAAUCUUUAUUGCCCCAGUUUGGGAUUUGCUCGAGGAGCCAGAAGUCAUUAUUGUUCCUGAGAGCACUUUGUAUAAAGUUCCCUUUGCUGCUCUGAAGGAAAAGGAGGGAGCCAAAUACCUAUCGGACACUCGUAGGAUCCGUCUUAUUCCUUCUUUGACGACACUCAAGACCAUUAAAGACAGUCCAGAGGACUAUCACAGCAACACAGGUGCCUUGAUAAUAGGAAAUCCUAAGGUUGAUUGGUUGCUGCCAUUGCCAGGUGCAAGAAAAGAGGCGGAGAUGGUCGGACGACUGGUGGGCGUUCAGCCCUUGUUGAAAGAGCAAGCAACGAAGCAGGCGGUACUUCAAAGGAUAAGUUCAGUGAGUCUGAUACACUUUGCUGCCCAUGGUAAUGCCGAAACAGGAGAAAUUGCUCUCGCCCCCUUUCCUUCUUGCAACAGUCCAAACGCUAUCCCACCAAAGGAUGCUUAUAUGUUGACGAUAGCUGAUGUCUCACGAGUGAAAGUCAGAGCUAAACUGGUGGUACUUAGCUGUUGUCAUAGUGGAAGUGGAGAGGUGAGAGCCGAGGGAGUUAUAGGAAUUGCCCGUGCGUUCUUAGGGUCUGGUGCUCGCUCGGUGUUAGCGGCGCUUUGGGCCAUUCCAGACUCAGCAACAGAGCAGCUGAUGAGACAAUUCUAUGAACAUCUCGCUGAAGGAGAAAGUGCCAGUGAAUCUCUGCAUCAGGCCAUGAAGUGGAUGAGAAAUAACGGCUUUACCAAAGUGUCUGAGUGGGCUUCGUUUACGCUGAUUGGAGAUGAUGUGAGGCUCGUAANUAAUUUUUUCGCUUAA